AUGGAGAAAUCCAAAAACUUUCGCAUUGACGCGCUUUUAGCAGUCGAUACACCCAAGGUGCAGACCUCUCCGCUUGCGCUUGUGACUUCCCUUUCCUCCUCCUCCUCCUCCAUCCCGUCGUCUGGAAGUGUGGCAGCCCCGGAGCUGACCACCAGCGCCGAGUCUCUACGCGCCGAGACGCCUUCUCCGCCGAGGAUUUCCACCUGCGGGCUGAUUCCUAAACCGGGUUUCCUCAACAGUCCGCACAGCAUGGUUGGAUUACAUCCGCAGAGUACCGCAGGGAUCCCCGCACAGGCUCUCUACGGCCAUCCCAUGUAUACCUACUCCGCUGCUGCCCUCACAGGCCAACACCCUGCACUGUCCUACUCCUAUCCACACGGCUCCCAUCAUCACCACACCAGUGAUCCCAUCAAACUGACAGCCAGCACCUUCCAACUGGACCACUGGCUCCGGGUCUCCACAGCCGGGAUGAUGCUGCCAAAAAUGUCCGACUUUAAUUCUCAGGCGCAGUCCAACUUGCUUGGCAAGUGCAGAAGACCCAGAACUGCAUUCACAAGUCAGCAGCUGCUGGAGCUGGAGCAUCAGUUCAAACUGAAUAAGUAUCUGUCACGACCGAAGCGUUUCGAAGUGGCCACGUCCCUCAUGCUGACAGAAACACAGGUCAAAAUCUGGUUCCAGAACAGACGAAUGAAGUGGAAGAGAAGUAAGAAAGCCAAAGAGCAGGCCGCCCAGGAGGCCGAGAAGCAAAAAGGCACCAAGAGCGGCCAGGAGAAAUCUGACGGACUCGAACAGUCGGAUUAUCACAGCAAGACAGACUCAAAAAAUGGCAGAAUAAGAGACUUCAGGGACAGUGACGAGGAUGAAGGCGAUAACUUCCUGUACAACUCGUCAGACUGCUCCUCGGACGACGAGAGGAAUCACACCAGUGACAUAAGUCCGCAGCCUUGA